AACAUAAAACAGAUGACGAGCAGCAGCUGUGACUGCCAAUCGAAUUCGCUUUGGUUACCCAACUGGAUAUGGAUAUCGCAUCGCUGUUGGGCUUCUCAUUCACGUUACGUUAACGUGCCAAAUGCCCCUUGCUUACGUCACAUUAACCUCCCUCCUGCCACGCUCCACUGAUUGCAGCAGUCCAAUAUGAGUAGAAUAGAGAAUACUGGGCUGCCUGCUCUCCAGUUAAUCCUCAAGUGAGAUAAGUGCAGUCUUUAAAUUAAUAGUUGCUUUCAAUUUAAAUCUCUGAGUAUUUGCAAUGUUUUUUCGUCUCAGUGCAGCUUCAUCUGUGGACCCGAGAUGAUAUUAAUACAAUGUCAGUUCGUAUUAACGUUACUCUUCACACUGCUGCCGCUACUGCGCGCGAGGUCGCCACAAUCGCUGGCUAUAGUGCGCGCACGUGACGAAUGCGCUCACAGCGGUCGGCUAACAGCCGAACAGAGACGAACACUCGAUCGGCUCGAGUAUGCGAACGAGCUGUGGGUGCAACGCUAUCUGCACUGCUUUUGGACGCAGCUGCAGCUGUGGGAGGAUAACGAUGGCUUCAAUACCAUGCGCAUUGUGCAGACCUACGGUGGACCACAUCGCUUCAAUGUGGAGCAAGCCUUGCCAGUCAUCGGCGGCUGCAAUGCGCAUGCUCGGCGCACUUCGACGGGCAACGCCAUCGACUGGUGUUACAAGGCGUUUGUAUGUAUACUGCGCACUCCAGUGGGCGAUUGGUAUCGACACUAUAUGCUGGAUAUAAUCAAUGGCAACGCUUAAAAGUAAAGUCAAAAUAAAUAAUCGAUGCUGCUUGCUGUUCAAUGUUCGUUAGUCAUCUCAAGGCGGCAACAGUAAUCAGUCACAGUAGACUUAGGCAACAAAAUUCAACAAAUUGAAGACUCUGAAGGCUUUGACAAAACCAAUCUGAAAACAAAUAACCGGCAAAGAUGGAAAACAGUAAUAUGCGCG